UGGCACCUACUUGUGAUUGGCAUGUACAGUAGCCAAUAGUAGAGCACCAAGGCUCAAAAGAAAGCCAAUAGGAUGCCGUGAAAGGCGCCGCUUGGCCGCGACUGACAGGCUGUUGACCAAUGACAUUACAUAUUCCCGUGCAGAGGCGGGGCGAUGCGGAGGCCGCACUGCAUCAACCCAAAUCAAUCACAAAAUCACCUGGGAAACACAUAUGUAAUGAGGCAUAUUAAAGUAAACUAAACAUUUGCCCCAACACUAAUCUUCUUGUUUGUGGUUUCUCCUCUAGAAAACAAUGGCCUGUGUACAACGUCAAAGAACCUCACAGGACACUCAGCUGUUGCCUAAUCAGGUUCUCUCAGAGCAGCAGUCCCUGGUCGUUAUAAAGAAGCUUCUGGCAAUCGCUGUGUCUGGCAUUACAUACCUCCGAGGGCUUUUCCCGGAGAAAGCAUUUGGGGACAAAUAUGUUGACGAUCAGAAAGUGAUGAUCCUUAGAGAGGAGCGCAGCUGUCCCGGGGCCAGUCAGAUUGUUCAGUGGAUGCAGGGAUGUUUUGAAGCCAUCCAGAAGAAAUACCUCCGGUCUGUUAUUAUGUCUAUCUACACUGACCAAGACAGUCCCCAGAAAGUGACCGAGUUUUACCACUUCAGGAUCCUGUACAACACACAAGGAGUGCAGAUGGACUUUGAAAGCUUCAACAACAACAACAAAACGUCAACGGUGUCCUGCGGUGACACUAAGAAGGCCAGCAUCCUCCUGGUGAGGAAGCUUUACACUCUGAUGCAGAACCUGGGUCCUCUGCCGGACAACAUCUUCCUCAACAUGAAGCUGACCUACUACGAUGAUGUCACCCCUCAGGAUUAUCAGCCACCGGGCUUCAAGGAGGCCGACAGCGCCACCAUGGAGUUUGACAGAGAGCCAGUGAAACUGACUAUGGGCGAAGUCUCCACCCCUUUCCACACUCUGAAGAUGGACAUGGCAACUGAGAGACACAGACUGGAGCAGGUGGAGGAGAGUGUUAACGUGACAGAGAAGUGGGUUCUGAAGAUGGAGGAGGAGGGCGUCCUUUCACAGAGCCACUUGAUUGAAGACGUGGAGAGGCCUGACACUGAAAACACAGACUUGGACAACACUGAAACCCAGAUUAGCUGUGAUGAGAAGAUCAACAGCUGCGAAGACGUCACAGAGGUGGAAACUCUGGUGAAGAGGACCUCUGACAUGGAGGUGGGGCUAAAGAGGAUGAGAAGUGGACGCAUCAUCUCCUCCACCGUGGAGACAAGUGUCAUCGUAAACAAAUCGGCAGAAAAACUGAUUUCUCAGUACGACAUCCCCAACAGCCAGGAAAAAGGGUCCACGUCAGCAACUAAGAAGAAACGCAAAUUCAGCGAGCCCAAGGAGCGCUUUUGACCUCACAGCACCCUGCUAACACAGCAGCACUGCUGCCUCACUUCACACUAAUGUUUUUUUAAUUACAAGUUAUGUAGUUUAUUAUUUUUAAAUUUUUGUCAGAGAAUUCAACGUGCUUUUUGGAAACACUUUCCCCACAUUUAAAGGUUGAGACAUGACUUCAGUUCACAGUUCAUUUAUGAGAAACAGAAGUAAAAUGUGUUCAGACUUUUAAAGGUUUUCUGUUUUCUUCUGUUACUCAUGUACAAAGCAGGCCUGCAAGUCUAAUUAACCUGCGUUUGUGUCAAGUGACUUUUGUGUUUUAAUUGAGGUUUAUUAUCUUCAUCUAAAAAAAAGAUAUUAAAAACUUAGGUGAUUCUUAUUCAGUUACAGUACAGUUGUGUACAAACAUAUUAAAUGAUAAUAAUAUACAGAA